CCAAACAAAACCAAAACCUGAUUGCUCUGCCCUGGGAAAUAGUAACCCUGACCAAUACACCUGCUUGCAGGGGACAGAGGUUGAUUUUCAAGUUCCUAAGUCUGUGCCUGAUGGUUUGUAGCCUCUAGUGUGAAGCAAGAGGAAAAUGAGUAGUCAGGAACUGGUCACUUUGAACGUGGGAGGGAAGAUAUUCACCACAAGGUCUUCAACCUUAAAGCAGUUUCCUGCCUCUCGGUUGACACGUAUGUUUGAUGGCAGAGACCAAGAAUUCAAGAUGGUUGGUGGCCAGAUUUUUGUGGACAGAGAUGGUGUUUUAUUUAGUUUCAUCUUAGAUUUUUUGAGAACUCACCAGCUUUUAUUACCCACUGACUUUUCAGACUAUCUCAGGCUUCAGAGGGAGGCUGUAUUCUAUGAACUUGAUCCUCUGGUGGAUCUCUUAAACCAAGAACACCUGCUACAGCCAAGACCUGCUCUUGUGGAGGUACAUUUCCUAAGCCGAAACACUCAAGCUUUUUUCAGGGUGUUUGGCUCUUGCAGCAAAACAAUCGAGAUGUUAACUGGGAGAAUUACAGUGUUUAUAGAGCAACCUUCAGCACCGACCUGGAGUAGUAACUCUUUCCCUCCUCAGAUGACUUUACUUCCACUGCCUCCACAAAGACCUUCUUACCAUGACCUGGUUUUCCAGUGCGGCUCUGACAGCACGACUGAUAACCAAACUGGAAUCAGGUAUGUUUCUAUAAAACCUGAUAACCGAAAACUGGCCAACGGAACUAAUGUCCUCGGCUUACUGAUUGACACUUUAUUAAUGGAAGGCUUCCAUCUGGUCAGCACCAGAACAGUAUCCUCUGAAGACACAACUGAAUGCUAUAGCUUUGAAAGGAUAAAAAAGCCUGAAUCUCUUGCCAUGAACAAAACACUGAAACCAGAGACUACCCUCAUGCCAGAGCAAUCUCAGAAAAAGAAAUGAGGUUCUCUGUUCUCUUUUAGAGUAAAAAGAAAUUGCCAUAUUCUUAUUUGGAAAUUCCAUAUUUAGGGCAUAUAUGUUAGUCAAAUAUGUACUCACCCUAACUUUCUGGUCUUCUACCAUGCCAUCUUUGGGCAACCACAGCUUAACAGUGCUUAAGCCACACUGACUACGUGCUGCUCUCUAAACAACACCGUGCUUUGGCGCACGUUCCUUCUACCUUCAAUGCCUCUUUCCCUUUCUCUUCUUCAUGAACACUUACAAAACGUUCAAGAAUGGACUAUGGAAUCAGACUGCUUGAUUUCUAAUCCCAACUAAGUCACUUACUAGCUAUAUGGCUUGGGCAAGUCAUUUAACCUCUCUCUGCCUCAACUUUUUCAUCUAUCAAAUGAGGAUAAUAAAUAUAUCUCCCUUAUAGGAUAUAUGAGGAUUAAAGGAGAUAAUGUAAAGCACUCAACACACUGCCUGGCACAUGGUAGGCACUCAGUAACUAUCAGUGAUGAGAUUGAUGAAGAAGAUGGGUGACCCAGUUUCAACUGUACCUCUUCUGUAAGGCCUUGUUUUCCUCCUUUCCUAGGCAUAGUAAUCAGCCCUUUCCUCUAUCUAGACUUACAUGCCAUCAUAAAAACAAAUUUUUCUCACUUGAAUGUGAGCUCGAUCCACUCAACAGUUUUCACUCUACUAUGUGUAAAGCACUGUGCUGAACACUUGUUGAGAAAUACCUUUGUUACCAAU